AUGUCCUGCUUAGAUGGGUACAUGAACAUCGCGCUCGAGCAGAUGGAGGAGCAUGCGAACGGCAGGAUCACAAAUCGGUAUGGGGACGCGUUUAUGCUUUGUGAAUUCUCUCACUCUUGUAUCAAUCAUCGCACUGCAAUCACACUUGAACAUACGCAUGCGCACGCGGCGGAGCUGGUUGCGGGCGCGCGGUCGGAGCUGGUGGACGUCGAGGCGGUCACGCUCGGACGGACGAUGGGAUGGGACGUGGCGAAUGCGGCGGCCCCGCUGCUGUGCCGUCUCAAGACUCCCGCGUGGGACGCGGAGGGCGACGGGACGCAGAAGGAGAUAGAGUUCUCGGCGUCGAAGCUGCGAUUGACCGUGAUCUUCGCGAACCCAACGCCGCCAGAUAUGGACAAGGUUCCGAGCGAGAUCCACGAGCUGAUUGGUGCGGCCAGGCUUGAGUAUGUGCACAUUGUGCUCCAUGACGAAUCCUUGGACGAGAACGACGGUUCGAACCCUCUGUCCCGAGAGGUGUCCAAUGCCACGCACGCUCGGAUUGAAUGGUCGAGGGCAAACAGCUUCCUCCUCACCCUGUCACGCUCCGCGAGCACCAUUCGCUCUGUGGCGUUCACCGUCAGCGAAGGAUAUCCAUACCUCUGGACGGCCGUGGAACAAAAGGACUCGGCGGCGCUAGAGUGGAAGUUGGAGGAGGAGCCUUCUUUGACUGAGACGGCAAUACACCGUCAAGAGAAAUAG